AUGGAGUUACUGUUGUUACAUAUCGAGAAGCAGUGCUUCUACAUGUGUUUAUUGAGCGGAGAUAAUAAUUGUGAAGAAUAUUUAUCUGAAGCUAUUAUUUAUGAAAUGCCUAUUUCUUUAAGGCGUCUAUUUGCUAUACUUCUUAGCCUCUACAACCCUAAUGAACCAAAAUUAUUGUGGAAUACAUUUAAAUCUUAUAUGAUUGAUGAUUACAUACAUGAAAAUAUUUCUUCACAUGAUGCUGAACUUCGGGCUUUAAACGAUAUUAGUUGUAUCUUAGAAUCUUUAGCAAGUUUAAAUAACAAACAACAAAUUGCAUAUGAUAUGAUUAUGGAAAAAAGAACAUCGGGAUCAAGUGGUGCUUUCUUUAUCGAUGGUCCAGGCGGCACAGGUAAAAUAUUUUUAUAUAAAGCAUUGCUAAGUGUUGUAAGGUCUCAAAAUGCAAUUGCUUUGGCAAUUGCGUCUUCUGGAGUAGUUGCAUCCCUUCUACCUGGAGGAAUAUUGUUGAAAAUGUGCAAGUUAAUAAUUUGGGAUGAAGCUCCUAUGGUAAACCAGUGUGCUGUUGAGGCUGUGGAUAAAAUGCUAAAAGAUAUUAACGAUUGUAAUUUGCCUUUCGGUGGUAAAGCUAUGGUUCUUAGGGGGGAUUUUCGACAAGUUUUACUAAUAGUACCAAGAGGGAAAAAAGAAGACAUAAUUAAAGCUAGCUUAAUCUUUUCUGAUCUAUGGCCUCUAUUAUUACACGUAUCAUUAGUUGAAAAUAUGAGGGCAAAAUUUGAUCCUAUUUUUUGUGAUUACUUGUUAAGAAUUGGAAACGGAAUAGAGCAACAACAUUCUUGUGAAAUUUUUACAUACUAUAGUUUUGAUGAAGCAAUUGAUAAAUCAGAACAAAGCUUGCAAGAAGAUUUCCUUAAUAGUUUGACCUCAAAUGGUAUUCAACCACAUGAGUUAAAACUUAAAGUGAAUUGUCCAGUCAUAUUGCUACGAAACAUUAAUCCUUCUGAAGGUUGCAACUUUUGUUUAGGUGUGAAAAGGAUCCAAAAAAUUUUGAUCUAUCGAGCAACUCAGACUGUUACUAUGAUUUCUUAUAAUUUGAGCUUCAAAUCUACUGUAUAA